UCGAUUUCAGCGAAUGACGUCGCUGCCUCAAACUACGUCGGGCCACCCGCUUUAAAAAAACAAUUUGAAUUUUCCACAUAUUAAACAACUUGCAACGUAAUAUGGCCGAAGCCGAUUGGGAAUAUCCACAACACCAGCAGUUCGAACGUGUCCCCACGCUCGACCAAGUCGAUCCUAACGAUCGCAAAGCUAUCUACGCAGCUCGUGCACAAAAAAUUCGCGAUGACUGGGUCAAGGCCAUGGAAGCCCGUCUUAUCAAGCAAAAGUUGGACGAGUGUUACAGAACCGAGGGCGUCAACCACUACGCAACCUGUCGCGACUUGGCCGAUUUAUACUUGAAGGCCGUCAAGGAAAACAAGGUCGAGGGUUUCCGCAAGAAAUCCAGUGCAUAGAUUUAUUUGUUAGAGGGAAAA